AUGGGGGUCACCGAACUCGUUCAUGGCCUUCCCGCACUUAUCACACUCGAUGUUGAAUAUGGGGCGCCGUUAAGAAACGUUUGGGUGUUCCCCGACUUCGAGUUCCAGGGCCAGGGUGGGUUCAUCGUACUUCUUAGUCUCCAUAACAGGAGUCUACUAGCAGAAGUCUCCAUUGACCUCAACGACGUCCGCGAAACUGAGCUACCGAAUCCUUGCAUCGAUACCACAUCUCGGACCUUGGCGGCGGCUUUGAUAUCCGGAAGGCUCUACGCCUUGACCCAGGCCCAUUCACUUGAGAUUGUGAAUCUUGACCUGCUCAAGAACCAGGAUAGCUAUACGACAGGGCACAGGCUUAUUGAGAAGCGCAUGCGACCAACUACGCACAUGACGGACAUCGGGAGCGCCUCCAACUCAUCUGGUGCAUGGCCUAUCACCCUAAUCUCUGAUCGCGAGUGUGGCAUCGUCGGUGUCUGGAUCCCGAGGGGUGGAGAAGACGGUGACAUUGAGGUUGUCUUGGAAGCAGAGCUCCCCGCUUCCGUAAGACGAUUCCAAAAGGGCACACCCGACCAGCUUGGUGGAGAUCAAAACUUGGGCAGCCCCGAUAUGGGAGAAUUCCAAGUACAGCCGAGGAUGCCGAAAUUCCUCAAACUCAUUCAAAACGUCGCCGAUUCCCAUUAUCGUGUUACACUACAGGUCUCGAGCGAUCAAUUAGAGGAAAUUUCGGAGCCCAACCCAGUUCCGAAACUACAGCUUCAUGUGAAUGGAGAUAUCCUAUACUGGUGCUUCCAAUCUAGAAAUCUGGAAACCUUAUUCAGAAAUCAGAAAGAGAGCCAGCUCUUCAUGCGCUACCUCGACGAGCUUGAUGGAGUCCUAUUUCUUCUAUACUCUGGGAAGAAAAAGAAGAUACCCGCCCAUCUCGCCUUAAUUCAAAAGCAACAAGAGGAACUUCGACGCAAGCAAGAGGAGGAGGCUCAACGCCUAGCCCAAGAGAGGGCUAAAAUAGAGGAGGAUGAACUGAAGUAUGCUGAAGAGCAAAAACGGAAAGAGGAGCAAAAGGCUCUGAAAAAGCAAAAAGAAAAAGAGAAAAUCGAGCAGCUAAAGAAGGAAGGCAAGUUCUUGACAAAAGCUCAGAGGGAGGAGAAGGCACGCAAUGAGAGGAAACUUCAACAGAUGAUAGCGGCUGGUGUGAAGGAGCGUGCAGAGGCCGACGCUGCGAAGGCGACUGCCGACAGUGAUGUUGAAGACGACUGGGAGGCUGCUGCUGCAAGUGAUGGUGAAAUUAAAGAAAGCUGGGAUGUCGACACGGACGAAGAAAAUGUUUCCCCAGAGCCGGCCAACGGAGAGGCUAGUUCCUCUGAGGAAGAUGAAGCUGCUACCCAGAAGCAGCUUGCAGAACUUCAAAGAAAGAAAGAGGCGAGAGGCAUCACGCAGCAGAUAGGCGCCACAUAUUUCCCUGCUGAGGCAAUCAAACAGAAGACCGCUGUGGUAAACAAGGACGGAGCGUUCGAGUUAAAGGUUCCGGGCCUAUUGAUAAUUGAUACCCCUGGUCACGAGUCUUUCUCGAACCUUCGCUCUCGCGGUUCAUCACUCUGCAACAUCGCCAUCCUCGUCGUCGACAUCAUGCACGGUUUGGAGGCACAGACGCUCGAGUCCAUGAAGCUGCUUCGCGAUCGAAAAACACCAUUCAUUGUCGCUUUGAACAAGAUUGACCGACUCUAUGGCUGGAAGAAAGUUGACAACAACGGAUUUCAGGAAAGCCUCUCCUUGCAAAGCAGGGGUGUUCAGAAUGAGUUCAAAAACCGCCUACAAGAGACCAAACUUGCCUUCGCGGAACAAGGAUUUAACGCCGAGCUCUAUUACGAAAAUAAAUCCAUGGCUAAAAAUGUCUCACUCAUUCCAACGUCUGCCCACACUGGCGAGGGUGUCCCGGAUCUCUUGAAACUCAUUGUCGAACUUACCCAGGAACGGAUGGUUGGCUCUCUUAUGUACCUUUCCGAGGUUCAAGCCACUGUCCUUGAGGUAAAAGCAAUCGAAGGCUUUGGAAUGACGAUCGACGUUAUCUUGACCAAUGGCAUUCUCAGGGAAGGCGACCGUAUAAUUAUCUGCGGCGUAGAGGGAGUCAUAAAGACCAACAUCCGCGCCCUCCUUACACCGGCCCCUAUGCGAGAGCUUCGUCUAAAAUCUGCCUACAUUCAUAAUAAGGAGGUCAAAGCAGCUAUGGGGAUUAAGAUUAGUGCCUCCGGCCUCGAAGGAGCCAUUGCGGGAUCGCGCCUCCUUGUCGUUGGGCCAGAUGACGAUGAGUCUGAUCUGGAAGAUGAGGUUGAAUCAGACUUAGCGCUUCUUUUUAGCCGUGUCGAGAAGAACGGAAAGGGCGUCAGCGUACAGGCAUCCACCCUAGGCUCCCUCGAGGCUCUGCUUGACUUUUUGAAAUCUUGCAAAAUUCCCGUUGCUAACGUUGGUAUUGGCCCAGUGUACAAGCGCGAUGUCAUGCAAUGUGGCAUCAUGCUGGAGCGUGCCCCGGACUAUGCGGUUAUGCUUUGCUUCGACGUCAAAGUUGAUAAGGAAGCGCAGGCGUAUGCGGAAGACAACGGAAUCAAGAUAUUUACCGCUGAUAUCAUCUAUCACUUGUUUGAUGCAUUCACAAAACACAUGGAUGAACUACUGGAAAAGAAGAAGGAGGAAUCCAAGUUAUUGGCGGUUUUCCCUUGUGUUUUGAAUCCAGUGGCUAUCUUCAACAAAACCACUCCGAUUGUUGUCGGUGUCGACGUCGUUGAAGGCCAGCUACGUCUCAACACACCCAUUGCGGUAGUGAAAACCAACCCUACGACAAACACUAAAGAAAUAAUCCAGAUUGGACGAGUGUAA